AUGGCGGUGAUCCACUUGUACUCGGUGCUCAACCUGCUGUGGAUUUUAUGCAAUGGUGUGUGCAUUAAUUUCCUUCAAUUUUGUCUCUAUUGCCUCGUACGUCCGUUUAAUAAGGUGCUCUAUCGUCAACUCAUGGGUUCGAUGGCACAAUCACUCUGGAUUGAUGUAGCGUCCGCAAGUUUCCCACAGACCAAGCUCUCAAUUACAGGCGAGCUACCGUCGGAUCCUACGAAGCCCAUUAUCCUUCUCGCCAACCAUCAAGUCGACGCCGAUUGGUGGUACAUUUGGCAGGCUGCACGCCAGCAAAAGGCAGCGGGUAACAUUAAGAUCGUGCUAAAGGAUCAGCUUAAGUACUUGCCCAUCAUUGGCUGGGGCAUGCGUCUUUUUGAGUUUCUCUUUUUACGACGUCGCGUCGACCAGGAUCAGGAACAUAUCAAGAGGUACAUGAAUGGGCUCAUAACCGACGGUUUUCCCUUUUGGCUCGUGUUGUUUCCUGAGGGGACGACGAUUCACAGUGAAUACGUGACAAAGUCACAGACUUUUGCGGCCAGAGAAGGUCGUCCUAAGUUUGAGAGGGUCUUGCUGCCACGUACGACGGGCAUGCGGAUCAUCUUGGAUGCUGUGGCUGAGGUGAAGCCGGAUAUUUACGACCUUACGCUGGCUUUUCCGUCGUAUUCAGGGGAAGUGCCAACGUUUGACAUGGGCUAUGGACGUAAAAUUGAUACGGAGUUACCGUCCAUGAAGUCGUUGGUGGCAGGGAAACAACCUGUAGGAAGUGUGGCCAUGCACUCGCGAAGAUUUAGUUAUGAAGAUGCGACGACAGAUUUGCAGGGAUUCUUAGAUGCGCGCUGGAAGGAAAAGGAAGAACGACUGACUUACUUUAUUGAACACCAGCGGUUCCCUGGCGAAGAGAAGACAGUGGAGAUAGAGUUGCCGAGGUCGGUUGGAGCCGUAUUUCAACUAUGGCUGGGUAUCAUACUGUUGUGCAUCGCGCUGCCUGUCGUCAUGAUGCUCUUCUUCCCAUUAUACUUCCUCUGGGUCGUUUACUGCUUCGUGUACUCGGUUUACGACCGCACGACGAACUUUUGGUGGCCAUACAUUUUCAAUUUGCUCGUGGAGCGUGCUACUAAGACACACGGUCAUUUCAGGCGACAACAAGCCAAGUACCUUUGA